AUGCUACUGGAACCAUCACUUUAUUCUAUCAACAGUAUUUUGAUCCUAGACAAUGAAGGAAAGCGCAUCUUAACGAAGUAUUAUGACUCAUCAUUUCCAACUGUAAAACUCCAACUUGAGUUCGAGUCCAAACUUUUCAAGAAAACAAGCAAAUCUAGUGGUGCUGAAAUUACGUUACUAGAUGGUGCAACAUGUGUGUAUCGCAAUGUGGGUGACCUGUACUUUUAUGUUAUUGGUGAUGCCAAUGAAAUGAACGCUCUUCAAUGUUUGUACGACUCAGUCAGUCAAACGCUGAAGCGAUCAGUUGAAAAGAAAACGCUAAUGGAUAAUCUAGAUUUGAUUUUCUUGAUUGUUGAUGAACUUUGCCACAAUGGCAUACUGUUAGAAUCCGAUGCAGCGGCUUUAGUUUCUCGAGUCGGUGCGCGAACAGAUGACAUCCCACUUGGAGAACAGACAGUUGCACAGGCUAUUCAAAAUGCAAAGGAGCAAAUACGCAUGUCGUUGAUCAAGUAG